CAAACUGGUAGGUAUGCUCCAUUAUCAAACUCCAGGAAAUCCUUCACCUUUUAAACAGACCAUUUUGACAGCACAGCAACAAAAAAAAGGCUCGAACUUUUCCCUUCCAUGGCAGAAAAAUUCAGUUUUUUGUUGGGUUGCUUUCUCUUUCUUUCAAUCCCAGUUUUUUCUCAAGUAAAUGAGUUCUAUUUCAGUGGAUUCCGUGGUGAUGAUUCCAAUGAUAACAAUAUGACCUUAAAUGGUGGGGCGGAGAUUGAAGACAAUGGCUUAAUUAAGUUAACAAACUUCACUUCUCGAGUUCUGGGACAUGCUUUUUACACCACACCAAUCAAGUUUAAGAAUUCAACAAACAGCAAGUCUCUAUCUUUCUCCACUUGUUUUGCCUUUGCUAUAAUUAAUGAAUAUGCAGAGCUUGGUGGCCAUGGUAUUGCUUUUGCAAUCUCUCCUACAAAAGAGCUUGCCGGUGCUCUUCCUAGCCAAUAUCUUGGCCUCCUCAAUGCAAAUGAUAAUGGGAAUUUUUCAAACCACAUAUUUGCAGUUGAAUUUGACACAGUAGAAGAUUUUGAGUUUGGUGAUAUCAAUGGCAAUCAUGUUGGUAUUGACAUUGAUAGUUUGACAUCAAAUGCCUCGGCCACAGCUGCUUAUUUUCUAGAAAAUUCAACUAAGCUAGAGCUGAAACUCAAGAGUGGUAAGGUUAUACAAGCCUGGAUUGAUUAUGAUUCUGAAACAAAUCAAUUAGAUGUGAGGCUUUCACCUUUUUCUGCAAAACCAAAAUCUUCAAUUUUGUCCUUCGCUGUGGAUCUAUCAUCGAUUGUUAGAGAUACUAUGUAUGUGGGAUUUUCUGCAUCAACAGGUAUGCUUUCAAGCUCACAUUAUUUGUUGGGUUGGAGUUUUAACAUGAGUGGAGAGGCUGAGUCUUUAACUUUGUCUUCUCUUCCUUCACUUCCCGGGUCUAAAAAGAGUCAUAAGGCAUUAAUUGUUAGGAUUUCUGUCUCUGCCUUUUUAUUUAUGGUUUUGGCUGUUGCAAUAGUCUUUUAUCUUGUGUGGAAAAUUAAAGAUGCUGAUGUUAUUGAAGAGUGGGAACAUGAUGUCGGUCCUCAUAGAUUCUCUUAUCAUGAACUCAAGAUAGCAACAAGAGGUUUCAAGGACAAAGAACUACUCGGGAUUGGUGGAUUUGGUAGAGUUUACAAAGGAACUCUACCAAAUACUAAUACCCAAGUUGCUGUCAAGAGAGUUUCUCAUGAAUCUAAACAAGGUUUGAGAGAAUUUGUGUCUGAGAUUGCUAGUAUUGGCCAUCUUAGGCAUAGAAAUCUUGUUCAAUUGCUAGGAUGGUGUCGCCGCAGAGGUGAUUUGUUACUUGUUUAUGAUUUUAUGCCUAAUGGUAGCUUAGAUAAGUAUCUUUUUGAUGAACCAAAAGCAAUUCUCACUUGGGAACAGAGGUUUAGGAUUAUCAAAGGUGUGGCUUCAGCCCUUUUGUAUUUGCAUGAAGAGUGGGAACAAACUGUUAUUCACAGGGACAUUAAGGCUGGAAAUGUGUUGUUAGAUUCUGAAUUAAACGGAAGACUAGGUGAUUUUGGUCUGGCUAAGCUCUAUGAGCAUGGAUCAAUCCCAACCACCACUAGGGUGGUGGGCACAUUGGGAUACUUGGCACCAGAGCUCACACGCAUUGGCAAGCCCACAACAAGCACAGAUGUAUAUGCAUUUGGUGCUCUUAUGCUUGAAGUUGUUUGUGGGAGAAGGCCUGUUGAGCCAAAGGCUUCGCCUGAAGAGCUCAUUUUGGUUGACUGGGUUUGGGAUAGAUUGAAAGUUGGUGCAAUCCUUGACGCAGUGGAUCCAAGAUUGAAAGGCCAGUUUGAUGAAACUGAAGCUAUAAUUGUGAUGAAAUUGGGCCUAAUGUGUUCAAACAAUGCAGCCGAUGCACGACCUACAAUGAGGCAAGUUGUGAGGUACUUGGAGAGAGAGGUUGAAUUGCCUGAAGUGGAUGAAGAACUAGAGGAUUUUGUUCAUUCAUACUCAAAUUCUUCAAAUUAUGAGAAAGUGAGUAAUGAGUCAUUGUCCCGCAACGAUGGAGAUGUUGAUAUUGAAGCAAGCUCAUCUUCACCACUCCCACUUAUUGUAAGAAAUGAUACUAGAUAGUCAUGCUAGGGAAAUAGUUCUUCAAUUAUUUUUCUCUUUUCCCCUUGUGGGGGUGGUGGUUUCUCUCUUUCUUUUGUUUUUGUUUUUUUUUUUAAAUAUGGUUUUAUGUACUAUCCAAUUCAGUUUGGCUUCGUUUUCAAUACUUUCUGCUGCUGGAAUACAAAGAACAGAAGCCUGUAUAAUGACACAAAUGAUAAUUAUUGAUUGGUUGGCUUCUUCGAA